AUGGCGAAGAAAUUCUUUAUACCUGCUGUGGCACCAGUGCGUGACGCCGUCCAACUUGGUAGCAUUGUCCCCAAUAUUCGUCAGCCGCAUCAAGAUGCAUUCUCCAGCACCAAAUUUCCAGUUAAAAUAGGAGGGCCAGAUAUUCUUCUGCAAGAGCAAGACAGCCUUGGCCGACUGUUUCUUACCAGCAACAACUCAUCAAUCUCAGCCCAACUUACAAAUCUCCUUUCAGCAUCAUACGAGGGCCAGAAUGUCAACAUGAACAUGCUUUCCAAAUGCAUGACCAAACUUUACGAACUCUCACAGCCAAAGGCUCUAUUCAAUCGCAUCUGUAGUGGCGAUGACGACGCAAAGGAAUGGUUUCAAAAUGAGAUCGAGAACGGCACCAAAGCUCUCUACUUUAUCACUGCCUAUUACACCGUUGUAGAUGCCACAAUUGGCAGAGUUAAUCAAGAAUCCCGAAUGGAGAGCUUUGACGCUAAGAUCCCCGUAAACGACAUUGUGACUGCGACUACAGGUGUCGCAGUCCCUGGCAUCGACUUGGACGCCGGAAUCAGCGCAAAACAUGGUCAUGGUGGUCUAGACACCGAGAUUAUCAAAGCACCAGGAGAACGAAUAUUUGCAUUUUGUUAUCGGAAGAUCACCUUCAAAUUCUUCUUACGCAGGGACAUCAAACAUGCUAGAAUGCAAUCGGAUAAUUGUUGGGUAAUGGCUUCAGAAAAUAGAGGCGAGGAUGAUGAAGACGAGGUGGUUGAGGCUAAUCUUGAUGAUGAGGUUGACGAGAACGAUGAAGACGAAGAAAUUGCGCCCGGUGAAGUUUUUUCUGUGUGA